CGUCAUGCCAGCGAAACAACCCGACAGCGCUGCCGGCUUAUGUGAUGGCAGCGACGAGUGCAGGCGGGCUGGCGCUCUUCGGAGCGCUCAGUGUUCUCUGUUGUGGUCUGGCGGCAGAUUUCUACUUCACCUACCGCCUCUCUCAGGAUGUAGAAGCAAUCAAGAUGGGCCGGUCCAUUAGCUCCCAAUACCUGCCGAAUCCCAGAUAUCGAGAGACUCAUUCGGAAAGCCGUGUUGUUCACGACGGCGGUGUUGACGAUUUGAGCCGGCUGUCUCACUUGUUGCCACCGGUUCGAACUCGACGGGAUACGGACGAUGACAGCAGUGACUCCAACGUGCCUAGUGUAGAGUUUUUUCCUAAACCUCAGUCGACGGAUGAUAUGGAAGGAUAUGUGUGGCUCACAUCGUAUUCGAGGAUACCGCUCCCAGUGCUACAGGAGUUUUGCCUUUCAACCAGACGUCAUUGUUCUCCCGGUGAGAAGGGGCAGCCCGGUGCACCAGGUUUUCCUGGGUAUAAAGGAGACAAAGGCGACAGGGGUGAUAGGGGGUUUCCGGGAGAGGCAGGUUCUACUGGCCCCCAUGGACCUCAGGGAAUGCCGGGACCGGUUGGCCCACAAGGGCAACAGGGCACUUCGGGAUUCCCGGGAAUGGAUGGGAGAGACGGUCUUCCAGGCGAGCCAGGUCUGGAUGGCGUCCCAGGGCGUGAUGGUGUGGACGGGCUACCAGGACGUGACGGUUAUCACGGAAUACCCGGGACGCCUGGCCGUCCCGGCAUCAACGGAACAGACGGAAUUCCUGGGCUCCAGGGGGCAAGAGGAUCUCCCGGACUUCCUGGGCCUCCGGGCCUGCCAGGAGCUCGAGGCAAGAAAGGGGCCACAGGUCUGCAAGGGCCUCCCGGUACCCCCGGCGUCAGCACCUGGGUUGUUUCAGGACAGAACGUGACGGACGCGACCAAACUUUUGAUUCCUCCUUCUGUCGUCGACUCGGAAGAAAACCAGCAAGUGCUGGUUCAGGAAGGGGAGAAGUUAAGCCUCCGCUGCCCCACAACGGGGCUUCCCAAACCAACUGUGACUUGGAGGAGGGACGACACACUUCCUAUUCCCUUUGGAUCAUGGUACUUGACAUCACUGGAAGGCGACACUUUCAACGUGAGCCGAGUGGUCCGGGAUCACAUGGGCGUCUACGUGUGCAUUGCGUCCAACGGAGUUCCUCCACCGGCGAUGAAGAAAGUUUCUUUGGAGGUCACUUUUCCUCCAUUGAUCAAGAUCCAAAACUGGGCGAUCGGCGUUACAAACGGAACAACGGCAGAACUGGAGUGCAUCGUCGAGGCGUUCCCGCGUGCCACGAAUUCCUGGCUGUUCGGUGAAUCCCCUUUGGAGGCCAACUGGAAGUACCAACUCCGUGAGGAAGAAGAGGGAUCCUACACGUCUCGUCUGAAACUCAGAGUUGCAGCUCUGGAGCCCAAGGACUACGGCAUGUACAAAUGCGUGAGCCGGAACGCACGGGGACACGCCACAGGCGUCCUCACUGUUUUUGAGCUUGACCCUUCCAAGAUGCCUGUGGCGCCUGAGGAAAACACGUAUACUCUGUACGGGCACGCUCCCCCACCGAGAGUCGUGGAAGUCGAGUGUCCUGUCUGUCCUGACUGUCCUUCUUCGCACGAGUGUGCGCCCAGGCGAAAAGGAGGUUCUGGAGUUGCUACGGUCGUCAAUGUGGAGACAAUAUACAACCAUUCGCAUUGGCUACCCCUGAGACCUCGCGACCAAGAAUGCCGUGCCAAGCGUCGCUACCUCCUGAAGGUUGGCAAGCCAGUACUUUUUCGCCACAACAACGCCACGUGGGGAGCCUGGAUGCGCGACAGCUACAAGAGAGCUUUCGACCCCAACCGCUUCUGGGUAACCCUGGACACCGACCGCACAACCUUAUUCGAGUACGUGGAGAACAUCUUCGCCAAGCGCUACGCAUUGCCGUACGCUUUCGCCGGAAAUGCGCAAGUUGUCUUCAACGGCUCUCUCUACUAUCACCACGAAACUACGGACAGCAUCGUACGGUUCGACCUACGGAACAAAUCGACUGCGGCCAUCAGUCUGAGCGAAGACUUUGCGACGACUUCGAUGCUCUACCGCACAGGCCAUAACGCCAUGGAUAUCCUCUCGGACGAAAACGGACUCUGGGUCGUCUACGGAAGCAAGACUUCGAACAACACGAUCGUCGUGAAAUUUAACGAAGGUUCCAUGAGGGUGGAGCGCAUCUGGAAUCUGACCUUGCAUCACAGGAAGAUCGGCGAGUUGUUCAUCAUAUGCGGUGUCUUGUACGCAGUGGACAGCGUCACAGAUGCAUCUACAAGAAUCAGCUUCGCCUUCGACCUGUACUCUGACACUGCCUUUGACAUUGCGCUAAGCUUUAGUAAUCCCUUCCGGAACACAUCUAUGAUCAGUUAUAACCCCAGUGACGGUGCUCUCUACACUUGGGACUUGGGGCACCAGCUACUUUAUCCGCUGCUAUUCUCCAACUUCACUAAGGGACCUGACGGCGAUGUGUGACGCCUGGAACUGACGGUGCAAUCCAGUGCCAUUCUGUAGCGGAUGGUACGAAACUCUGGUGCCUGCCACAGCUGUGCUGUAGUACUUGCCUUUACGUUGUACGCUUCAACAACAAGUAAACGAGUAAUUCACGAAAAA